AUGGAGAUCUUCCCGGCACACCUCCGAGAUCUGUGGAACAAAUGGGAGCUCCGUGUGCUGGUUCUACUAAGCCUGACAUGGCAGGUUCUUCUAAUCAUAUUUGGCUCGAGAAGGAAAUAUGCGAGUGGCAGCUUCAUCAGUGCCCUUGUUUGGUUUACAUACUUAUCAGCAGACUGGUUAGCCACUGUUUCGCUUGGGAACCUUGCCAACAGCCAAGGUGCUAUCUCAAACGCCGUCGCUCUGCAAGCGCUGUGGGCCCCUUUUCUUCUCUUGCAUCUUGGUGGCCCUGACACAAUCACUGCUUAUGCCUUGGAAGACAACACAUUAUGGUUAAGGCACUUUCUUGGUCUGCUAGUCCAAGUUGGAGUGGCCUUCUACGUCUACUUAAGAUCUUGGAGUACCUCACCUCUAACCUUCAUAGCCAUACCGGUCUUCAUCUCCGGACUUAUAAAGUACUCACAGCGCACUUGGGUUCUCAGAUUCGCUAGCCCUGCCCAAUUCGAAGACUCUCUUAUCUCAGUUCCAACUCUGCAGGCCCAGGCCCAGGCCAUGGAUUUCACACCACAUCAUGAUUCUGAUGAGCUAGAAUUCCUUCACAAAGGAUACUCUUUGUUUCCCAUUCUCAAGCGUUUAUAUGCGAAUCUAAGUCUACGGUUCGCAGAAGGUCGACGAAGCCAUUCCUUAAUAGUGAAGAAGAUCGAGGACAAUAAUGUACAACAACAGAGUCAUUUUGCCUUUAAAGUGGUUGAGGUCCAGCUGGGAUUCCUUUAUGACUUAUUGUACACCAAGGCACCUGUAAUUUACUCUUUACCAGGCCUUAUUUUCCGUUUUUUCAGUGUUUUCUCUAUGGUAUCUGCUCUAGUGGCAUAUCUGUUCUUUAUUAACUCUCAUAAUAACUAUUAUUCUGAUAUUGAGAAUCUUGACUACUAUGUAACACUUGUUUUGUUUGUUGGGGCUAUUCUGCUUGAGCUUUAUGCGCUUGUUUCACUUGUUUUUUCUGACUGGACUAUCCGUUGGCUAACCAGUAAGAACAAAAGCAAAAGCCUACUGCAGAGCUCCAUAAUAAACUGGGCUUUGUGUCGUCAUGGUCAAACGAGGUGGGCAGGAAAAGUGAGUCAACAGGAUUUGCUGAGCUUUUGCAUGAAGAAGAGGGUAGCAACAUAUUUUGGAAUUGACUUUCUUUUCAGAAUCUGCUUUGGCAUUGAAUUGUACUGGCAAAGGACUUGGAAUCCUGUAGAAAAUGAUUUGAAGGAGUUGAUUUUUAGAAAUCUUCUAAACAAACACAAGACUCUUGAUAAAGGGUUAUUCGAUCACAAUGCUCUCAAGGAAUUGCUUUCAUUUAAAAGUAAUGUGCUCGGAAACCAUAACUUCUCCAAAAAGAUCAAAUGGAGCAUAGAACUUGAAUUUGAUCACUGUCUCCUUGUUUGGCAUGUGGCAACUAGUGUUUACUACUAUUCUACUCCAGAGGAGAAAGAUCGCAAAAUGAGCAAAAUGCUUUCAGAUUACAUGAUAUAUAUUCUUCUCAUGCGUCCAUUCAUGCUGCCUAAAUGGAUUGACAGGGUUUCGCAUGUUCGGGAUACCUUCAGGGAAGCCAUAAAGAUAUUGCAGCAGGGACAGUUUCAUGUAAAGAAUGGUGCGGAUGCUGCAAGGAUGCUGGUUCAAACGCACAGUUACAAAGUCUUGGAUGCUCGUGGAAGAUGA